UCUACCUCUUGUGUGACUCCCUGUCUGGUCAACAUUUCUUGUUAUUUGGAAGAUGUUUAUGAUCCUGGAUUCUUUGAAAUGGAUCUCCUGACCCAUGAUACACAAAGAUUUGCCAGUGCAAUGGAAUGCAUCUUCAAGCUGAGUGGCCUCCUUUGCGGCCUAUCAGCUUUGGUAUUUGAGAUAGUCAUUGCAAGCAGCCAAUACUGGCGCCUGUGGGAAUUCAACAACAAGGUUGUGCAAUUUGUGUCCUUUGGACUGUGGGAAGCUUACUACCCUCAAGAGUUUAAUGUCUCAGGGACUGUAAUCAAGAUGCUGGUGCAUACUCCUAUCAAUUCCACCUGGACAAUUUCACCUGAAUUCCAGUAUGCACAGACCAUGAUAGUAUGGGCCAUUCUGAUGAAGCUUAUAGUUCUGAUUUUUGGUGCAGUUGCCAUUAAGAUCAGCUGCAUGGAAGACCCAUUCGUGGAGAUGGAGAUAUAUUGCUACAAGGUCUCUGCCUUAGUUUUGUGCAUUAGCAGCCUCUUCACAUUGGUUUCUGUGAGCUGGAACCACUUCGCAGAUCAUUAUGGACAAACCGCUCUUGACUUUCCGCCUAACUUUCCUGUUAGAAAAGAAGCAUUGAUAAACAAACAGUUUACUGCUGUCUUUCCAACAGCAGUACUGACAACCACCAUGUCACUCUUUGGUGUGAUCUUCAUUUUCUCUGAGAUAAGCUCUUUGAAACUACAGAGUCAGGUGAAGUUCCAGCAUGCAUACAUAGUGGCCGAGCAAGAGGUCUAAAGUGAGGGCUCCUGUAUUUGAAACAUCUGUCAGAA